AUGUACGAGCAGGCAGAGCCUGUCCGGUCGCCUUUCUCCGGCCCCGACAGCCGCCAAACAAGCGGGUUGCCGCCCCAACCCCGUCCCGUCCCUCAGAGUGGUUCACGCGGGCGUGUCCGCCAUGGCAACGGCGCUUCUGACAAGCAGCGGGAAGACCAGGACACGUCUUCACACACGUACGAAGACGCCGAGGAGGUGAAACCUCACGCAACGUCUGCAGACCACUCGUAUCCGGGUGGAGCGAGCGCCCGCCGGGGUGUCUGUAGCUUCCUCCGGGCCCGCCGCAGCUUCUUGGCCGCCGGGAUCGCCGUGCUACUGAGCCUAAUCGCCGUGGGACUCGCCCCUCUGACGUUCAGCAACAAGCAGGAAAUAUCCCAGUUGUCGACUACUGUUAACACCAUUAAACGUGGCCAAGACGACAUGCGCCGACUGAUCACCACUGUUGACGCCUUGAAGCGCGACCAAGACGACUUGAAGCGUGACCAAGACGGCAUAUCCACCACUGUUGACGCCUUGAAGCGCGACCAAGACGGCAUGUCCACCACUGUUGACGCCUUGAAGCGUGACCAAGACGGCAUAUCCACCACUGUUGACGCCUUGAAGCGUGACCAAGACGGCAUAUCCAUCACUGUUGACGCCUUGAAGGGCGACCAAGACAACAUGUCCACCACUGUUGACGCCUUGAAGCGUGACAAAGACGGCAUAUCCACCACUGUUGACGCCUUGAAGCGUGACCAAGACGCCUUGAAGCGUGACCAAGACGGCAUAUCCACCACUGUUGACGCCUUGAAGCGCGACCAAGACGGCAUGUCCACCACUGUUGACGCCUUGAAGCGUGACCAAGACGACUUGCGCCGACUGUCCACCACUGUUGACGCCUUGAAGCGCGACCAAGACGCCUUGCGCCGACUGUCCACCACUGUUGACGCCUUGAAGCGCGACCUGGACAACGAGCGCAGCCGGACCGCCACUUUGGAGCAACGUUUGCCCAAGAACUCGAAGACUUUGGCAUCUUGUCCCGAAGGUUACACCAAGUGGAGUGGAAUCUGCUACAAGGCCUUCAACACACGCAAGACCUUCGACAAAGCGGGCGCGGCCUGUCGUGCAGACGGCGGCACCCUCGCCAUGCCCCGAGACGCCGAGACCAACGCCUUCCUCAUCCCCCUGUACAAGUCCGUGAGCAAGUAUAGGAAGUUCUGGAUCGGCCUGCACGAUCAGCGCGAAGAGGGAAAGUUUGAGUGGGUGGACGGUUCUGCACUUGGGCCGUACAACUCCUGGGGUCGGGGAGAACCGGACAACCAGUGGGGUAACCGAGAUUGCGUCGUUUACGCCGUACUGCUUCAUUUGAAAGACAAGUGGGCCGUCUAUUCCUGCGACCGGCUGUUUUCCUUCAUAUGCCAGACUGCUCCAGGUACUUAUUUAAACAUGGAUGUCCGUAGGCGACAGGCGGGACUCUCACCACUACUGUACAGCUCUCCGAAUAUCCGCAGUCAAACUAUCUAG